GGCAGCGCCGGCCCCAUGCCCGCCGGCCGCCCGGGCCCCGCCGCCCAAUCCGCGCGGCGGCCGCCGCCGUUGCUGCCGCUGCUGCUGCUCUGCGUCCUCGGGGCGCCACGAGCCGGAGCGAGAGCCCACACAGCCGUGAUCAACCCCCAGGAUCCCACGCUCCUCAUCGGCUCCUCCCUGCAGGCCACCUGCUCGGUGCUUGGGGACCCACCAGGGGCCACUGCCGACAGCCUCUACUGGACCCUCAACGGGCGCCGCCUGCCUGCUGAGCUCUCCCAUGUACUCAAUGCCUCCACCUUGGCCCUCGCCCUGGCCAACCUCAACGGGUCCAGACAGCAGUCAGGGGACAACCUGGUGUGCCAUGCCCGCGAUGGCAGCAUCCUGGCUGGCUCCUGCCUCUAUGUUGGCCUGCCCCCAGAGAAGCCCUUCAACAUCAGCUGUUGGUCCAAGAACAUGAAGGACCUGACAUGCCGCUGGACACCUGGGGCACCCGGGGAGACCUUCCUGCACACCAACUACUCUCUCAAGUACAAGCUGAGGUGGUAUGGCCAGGACAACACUUGUGAGGAGUACCACACCAUGGGGCCCCACUCCUGCCACAUCCCCAAGGACCUGGCCCUCUUCACGCCGUAUGAGAUCUGGGUGGAGGCCACCAACCGCCUGGGCUCCGCACGCUCUGACGUGCUCACCCUGGACAUCCUGGAUGUGGUGACCACAGACCCCCCUCCCGAUGUGCAUGUGAGCCGUGUAGGGGGCCUGGAGGACCAGCUCAGUGUUCGCUGGGUCUCACCACCCGCCCUCAAGGACUUCCUGUUCCAAGCCAAGUACCAGAUCCGUUACCGUGUGGAGGACAGUGUAGACUGGAAGGUGGUGGACGAUGUCAGCAACCAAACCUCGUGCCGCCUGGCGGGCCUGAAGCCAGGCACUGUGUACUUCGUGCAAGUCCGCUGCAAUCCCUUUGGCAUCUACGGCUCCAAGAAGGCUGGGAUCUGGAGUGAAUGGAGCCACCCCACAGCCGCAUCCACCCCCCGCAGUGAGCGGCCAGGCCCCGGCGGCGGGGCGUGCGAGCCGCGAGGCGGCGAGCCGAGCUCGGGCCCCGUGCGGCGCGAGCUCAAGCAGUUCCUGGGCUGGCUCAAGAAGCACGCGUACUGCUCGAACCUCAGCUUCCGCCUCUACGACCAGUGGCGCGCCUGGAUGCAGAAGUCGCACAAGACACGCAAUCAGCACAGGACGAGGGGAUCCUGCCCUCGGGCAGACGGGGCUCGGCGAGAGGUCCUGCCAGAUAAACUCUAGGGCCCUGGGCUGCCAUCCCACUCAAGAUCCUGGUGGUCCAGGAACACCCAUUUCAAGAGCUCCGACAGCCACAACAGCUUGGGCCCUCUGGAGGCCACCCUGGGGGGGUGCCCCAGUAUGGGAGAUGCAGGCUGUGUUGAGUUGCCUGAACCUGCCAGGCUAGGGUGAGGUGGGGUCAUGACACCUCCCCACCCAGGACCCCACCAAAGAGUCUUUCUAAAUAAAUGAGUUAUUUAGGUGC